CACCUCCUGGAGAAAGGGAGACCUGCGCAGCUCUGUCCCUGAGACCAGCGGCGGCGGCGUUUCCACCCGGUCCGACAGCUCUCAGGGAGUCUCGGACGUGAGGCCCGAGACCCCAGCCCCUACGAGCCCAGAUGCCCAUCCAGCCUCCAGGCAAAGAAGCAGAAGAGAUGGAGGCAGAAGGCGACUCAGCAGCUGAGAUGAAUGGGGAGGCGGAUGAGAGUGAAGAGGAGCGGAGCGGCAGUCAGACGGAGUCAGAGGAGGAGAGCUCAGAGAUGGACGACGAGGACUAUGAGCGGCGCCGCAGUGAGUGUGUCAGUGAGAUGCUGGACCUGGAAAAGCAGUUCUCAGAGCUGAAGGAGAAGUUAUUCAGGGAACGGCUGAGCCAGCUGCGCUUAAGACUAGAGGAAGUGGGGGCUGAGAGAGCCCCAGAAUAUACAGAGCCUCUUGGAGGGCUGCAGCAGAGCCUAAAGAUCCGCAUUCAGGUGGCAGGAAUCUACAAGGGCUUCUGUCUGGAUGUGAUCAGGAAUAAAUAUGAGUGUGAGCUCCAGGGAGCCAAACAACACCUAGAGAGUGAGAAACUGCUGCUGUAUGACACACUGCUUGGGGAGCUGCAGGAGCGGAUCCAGAGGCUGGAGGAGGACCGCCAGAGCCUGGACAUUAGCUCUGAGUGGUGGGAUGACAGACUGCAUGCCAGAGGCGGCUCCAGGACCUGGGACUCACUGCCACCCAGCAAGAGGAAGAAGGCACCUCUCGUUUCUGGCCCAUACAUCGUAUACAUGCUGCAGGAAAUCGACAUCCUGGAGGACUGGACGGCCAUCAAAAAGGCCAGGGCAGCAAUGUCCCCUCAGAAGAGGAAAGCAGACGGACCCUGACCCUGUGUUCACACUCAGAGGGUCCUUGGAGCAGCUGGUACCUCACACGGGACUAACACUUUCCUGCAAAGGCAGGGGUUGCCUAGUAGCUCUCCAGUCGCUGCUGUCCCCUGACCUCUGCUCUCCGUGAGAUCAGCAUAGCUGUGGCCCUGAAGCUGACCUGGCCAAACAAGACUGUUGCCUCCAUCCCUGACCAGCCCACCAUCCCCUCCCAAAGAGUAGCUUCCUCGAUGUCCCCCAACAAAGAAGAUGGGCUUCUUCCAAAGCAGCGACCCUCCUGGCUUUCAACCCUGCCCCCUAGCCACCGAGCCAGGAGCUGGGCUCCACUGCAGGAGGAACUCUAGAGCCAGAAACAUUAUGUUGGGGUCUUCCCCAUCCUAGCUGUCGCUGGAGAUGACAGCUUCCCAGACUUUCUCAGGGCCAUUCCUGGUGUCUGCCUCCCAGAUUCCAAAGACUGGAAUAAAACUUAUCCUGGGACCUUGACGUGACUAAUGUGUGUCUGCUGUUAUCUUAUAAUGGAAUCAAGGCUUUUAUGGGGUAACACCUGAGACAGGCUUUUUUGGGGUCCCUGGAGUUUGGGAUAUUGUGACUUAGAAAAGAAUCUGGACCCAGAACUGGAAGCUACGCGUGGCACAGGCAAACAAGUGGAGCACAUGGCCUUGAGUGGUGAGGGGCUGUUGCAUGUGCCUGGGGACUGGGUCAUGUCUGUACCUGCUCCAGGCACUUGGCAGAUUGGCAAGGCAGGCUAGCAGAGCCUGUGUGUGGGAGGCAGCUAGCAGCAGCACCAUGUGCUGACGACCUCACAGCCAUACUCCCCCUGGUUAGCAGUGAGUGUCAGAACCACCCCCAGAACCUCAGUUAAGCAAAGGGUUUAGUUUCCAUGGAGACACAGCAUCCUUUCUCCAU